AUGCCAGGAGAUGCACUAGAAAAUGCCCCCAAGAUGAUCAUUACCGACGAAGAUCCUGCUAUGACUAAAGCCAUUUCAGAAGCACUCCCACAAACAUUUCAUAGAUAUUGCAGUUGGCAUAUUCUUAAUAAAUUUUUUGAGAAGCUGCAAUUAAAUAUUGGGAUUCCUACCAAGACUUUCAUAGCUGCAUAUGGAAUUCAAUUUAAGAGGGGACUUCUUCACCAACGCCAUUCUGAGUUACAGGAGGAUCAUAUUAAUAUUGAUGAGAAGGAAAAAACUGUCAUGUCCCUUGACAUAGAAGAUCAUAUGGCCAAGGUUUAUACACGUAAACUAUUUUAUGAAGUUCAAGAACAGUUGAGAGAGAGCUUCAAAUAUAAACUUGAACUUGUGUUUGAAAAUGUCACUCAAGAACAGUUUAAGGUUAUACGAAAGAACAUUGAUACUUGUAAGUUUCGUGAACUUACUUACGAAAAGAAAUCUGAUUUUGCAUCAUGCAGCUGUAGAAAGUUUGACAGUGAAGGGCUCCCAUGUCGGCAUGUUUUGGCAUAUUUGAUUAAGAUCCAAGAUGUUGAUAAAUUGCCUAUUCAGUACAUCUUGAAGAGAUGGACUAAAGCUGCAAGACAGAGAGUUGUGUUAGAUUCUAAUGGAAUGGAGAUAAAAGAUAACAAAGCUUUACUUGCAAGGAGGACUAAACUAUUCCAGCAUGCUACAUAUGCAAUUGAUAAGGUUAUGGUGAGUGAUGAGGCUACCCAGCUCUUUAUGGAAGCAUUGGAUGCUUUUUUGGAGAAUAUUAAACCAUUAAUUAGUAAUGAAAGUGGACAAAGUGCAGUAGGUUUGGAGACCGAGACCCAGACUGCUACUAUUCAGCAUGUUUUUAAUGAACUAGAUCAAGUGAGAGCAAAAGGGUGUGGGAGAAGGUUGAAGAAAGGAAAAGAGAAUAGGAAACUUAAGGUAAAGGCCAAUCAAGGUAGGCAAUGCCAUGGAUGUGGACUAUUUGGUCAAUCACAUGACAAAAGAAAUUGUCCAACACUUCAUGGAAGACCUGAUAUUGAUGAAGAUGGGGAUUCAAUUUCCACUAGUAUGGAUGAGGAUAGUUGUUCAUCAUCUCAUUUGGCAGAAUAA